CAAUACAAUAUCGUGUAGUUGUAUUCAAUCUGCAAUCAUAUUCUCUUCUCUCUUCCUCCGCCUAUUUCACUCACCUUUUUAACCUAAUCAUCAUCAUUCGAUCUGUUUCUAUCACCAGAUUCUCUUCUUCUCUCCUCACAGAUCUCACUUUUUGCAGGAAAGAAGGAAAAAACAAAAAAAUAUGAAGUCAUUUUUCUAGAAGCAGCUGGUUCAAUUUAAGUAAGGGAAGAUGGGCUUUAAGCCCUUAGUUUCAUAUUGUCGUCCAGUGGAGAAUGGUGUAUGGGCAAUAGCAGUGGAAAAUGAAUUCGGGCCUUACACACCCUGUGCAACAGAUUCUUUGGUCACUGGCAUUUCACAUUUGGUCCUUCUGGGAGCUUGCAUAUACAGGAUAUGGGUUACAAAGAAGAAUUUGAAAGUGCAAAGGUUCAAACUAAGGUCAAAUCUCUACAAUUAUUGGUUGGGGUUAUUGGCUUUUUACUCUGCUGCUGAGCCUUUGUUUAGAUUGAUAAUGGGCAUUUCGGCUUUUAAUGUUGAUGGAGAAACUGGUCUUGCUCCAUAUGAGAUGGUUACCUUACUUCUUAAGGCUUUGACAUGGUGUUGUAUGCUGAUCAUGAUUGGUCUUGAAACAAUGGUUUAUGUUUAUGAAGUCCGUUGGUUUGUAAGGUUUGGUGUGGUUUAUGCUUUGCUUGGGGAUGCAGUGCUGUUCAAUCUUGUGCUUUCUGUGAGCAAAUACUACACUAGAUAUGUUCUGUAUCUCUUUUUCAGUGAGGUUGCCAUACAGGUUCUGUUUGGGCUAUGCUUACUUGUCUAUCUUCCUACUUUGGAUCCUUAUCCGGGUUAUACCCCGAUACGUGACGAGUCUUUGGAUGAUGGUGAGUAUGAAGAACUUGCUGAUAGAGAGCAAAUUUGUCCCGAGAGGCAUACCAACAUUAUUUCAAGUAUCUUCUUCUCCUGGAUGGAUCCACUCAUGCUUUUGGGAUACAAAAGACCUCUUACAGAAAAGGAUAUAUGGAAACUGGACACCUGGGACAAGACAGAAACACUAAAUAGCAGAUUUCAAAUAUAUUGGGCAGAAGAGCUUCGUAAACCCAAACCAUGGCUUUUAAGGGCUUUACAUCGUAGUCUUGGAGGAAGGUUUUGGUGGGGAGGCUUUUGGAAGAUCGGCAAUGAUCUUUCUCAGUUUGUUGGGCCACUGAUUUUGAACCAGCUGUUAUUGUCUAUGCAAGAACGUGGUCCGGCUCAGAUAGGUUACAUCUAUGCAUUCUCAAUUUUUGUUGGAGUGGUACUUGGUGUGCUUUGUGAGGCUCAAUAUUUUCAGAAUGUGAUGCGUGUUGGAUACCGCCUUCGUUCAACUCUGAUUGCUGCAGUUUUCCGGAAGACUCUAAGGCUAACUAACGAAAGUCGCAGAAAGAUUGCAUCUGGGAAGAUUACCAACUUGAUGACAACCGAUUCCGAAUCCCUCCAGCAAGUAUCCCAGUCACUUCACACUUUGUGGUCUGCCCCUUUUCGGAUCAUUAUCGCUUUGGUUCUUCUAUACCAACAACUGGGUGUCGCCUCAAUCCUUGGUGCAUUAUUGCUAGUUCUCAUGUUCCCCAUACAGACUUUGGUUAUCAGUAACAUGCAAAGAAUGUCCAAGGAAGGACUGCAGCGAACCGACAAGAGAAUCGGUCUCAUGAACGAAAUAUUAGCAGCGAUGGACACUGUCAAAUGCUAUGCUUGGGAGGAUAGUUUCCAGAAAAAGGUUCAAAGUGUUAGAACUGACGAGCUAUCCUGGUUUCGGAAAGUACAAAUGCUAGGAGCGUUGAAUACAUUUAUAUUAAAUAGUAUUCCAGUGGUGGUGAUUGUGGUUUCAUUUGGGCUGUUUACAUUAUUUGGAGGAGAGUUGACACCUGCUAGAGCCUUCACAUCUCUCUCUUUGUUCGCCGUACUACGUUUUCCGCUCUUCAUGCUUCCAAAUAUGAUUACUCAGGUUGUAAAUGCCAAUGUGUCGUUGAAACGUUUGGAAGACUUGCUUUUAGCUGAGGAGAGACUUCUUCUUCCAAAUCCACCUCUUGAACCCGGUCUUCCAGCCAUCUCAAUUAAGAAUGGAUCCUUUUCAUGGGAUUCAAAGUCAGAUAGACCUACAUUGUCAAAUAUAAACUUAGAUAUACAAAUGGGUAGUCUGGUGGCAAUUGUUGGAAGUACAGGGGAGGGGAAGACAUCACUUGUAUCUGCAAUGCUUGGAGAACUUCCUCCAGUUAGUGAUGCACAUGUUGUUAUCAGAGGAACAGUUGCUUACGUCCCACAAGUCUCAUGGAUUUUUAAUGCAACGGUACGUGACAACAUAUUGUUUGGAUCCCCCUUUGAACGUGAAAAGUACGAGAAGACUAUAGAUGUAACUGCAUUGCACCAUGACCUAGACCUGCUUCCCGGCGGUGAUCUUACUGAGAUUGGUGAAAGAGGGGUGAAUAUUAGUGGAGGGCAAAAGCAAAGAGUUUCCAUGGCUAGAGCUGUAUACUCUAACUCAGAUGUAUAUGUGUUUGAUGAUCCUUUAAGUGCUCUCGAUGCUCAUGUGGGCAGACAGGUUUUUGAGAAAUGUAUCAAAGAAGAAUUAAGAGGAAAAACACGCGUUCUAGUUACAAAUCAGCUACAUUUUCUUUCACAAGUAGAUAGGAUCAUGCUGGUCCAUGAAGGCAUGGUGAAAGAGGAGGGAUCUUAUGAGGAACUCUCACAGAAUGGCGUACUCUUCCAGAGGUUAAUGGAAAAUGCAGGAAAAAUGGAAGAAUAUGUGGAAGAACAAGAAGAAACAGGAGGUUCUGAUUCAAAGACGUCAAAACCUGUUACUAAUGGCGAGUUAGUUAAAGAUUCUGAAAAAAAGAAAGAAACCAAAUCCGUUCUUAUUAAGCAAGAGGAACGGGAAACAGGUGUUGUCAGCUUCAAUGUUUUAAAGAGGUAUAAAGAUGCAUUAGGAGGGUGGUGGGUUGUGGGUAUACUGUUCGGGUGCUAUACAGCAACAGAGACUUUAAGAAUACUGAGUAGCACAUGGCUAAGUAUUUGGACAGAUGAAAGUACUCCAAAGAUCUACAGCCCGCUCUUCUACAACAUUAUCUAUGCAUUAUUAUCACUUGGUCAAGUUUUGGUGACUCUGGGAAAUUCUUAUUGGUUGAUCAUGACAAGUCUUUAUGCAGCUAGAAAGUUGCACAAUGCGAUGCUUAGCUCCAUACUAAGGGCUCCUAUGGUCUUUUUCCAUACCAAUCCACUUGGGCGUAUUAUUAAUAGAUUUGCAAAAGAUCUUGGUGAUAUAGAUCGAAAUGUUGCCCCAUUUGUGAACAUGUUUUUGGGCCAAGUAUCACAACUUUUGUCAACCUUUGUUCUCAUAGGAUUGUUAAGCACCAUGUCUCUUUGGGCUAUCUUGCCACUUUUGUUGCUCUUCUAUGCAGCUUAUCUGUAUUAUCAGAGCACUGCACGUGAGGUAAAGCGAAUGGAUUCAAUCACAAGAUCUCCUGUAUAUGCACAAUUUGGAGAAGCACUGAACGGUCUAUCUACAAUCCGUGCAUACAAAGCCUAUGAUCGAAUGGCCAAAAUCAACGGUAAUUCCAUGGACAAUAACAUCAGAUUCACAUUAGUCAACAUGAGCGCAAACCGUUGGCUUGCAAUCCGAUUAGAAACCGUUGGGGGUCUCAUGAUUUGGUUCACCGCAACUUUUGCUGUUAUGCAAAAUGGCAAAGCAAGAAAUCAAGAAGCAUUUGCAUCCACCAUGGGUCUACUUCUAAGUUACGCAUUAAAUAUCACUAGUUUACUGACAGCUGUCCUUAGACUUGCAAGUUUAGCCGAAAACAGCUUGAAUGCUGUUGAACGUGUUGGUACUUAUAUUGAACUGCCUUCUGAGGCUCCUCCUGUAAUUGAAGAUAGCCGCCCUCCACCUGGCUGGCCUUCUUCGGGAUCUAUAAAGUUUGAAGAUGUUGUUUUACGGUAUAGGCCUGAACUUCCUCCUGUGCUGCAUGGUUUGACUUUUUUUAUUCCUCCAAGUGAUAAGGUUGGAAUAGUGGGAAGAACAGGGGCUGGGAAAUCCAGCAUGCUCAAUGCUUUAUUUCGGAUUGUAGAAUUGGAAAGAGGAAGAAUUAUUAUUGAUAAUUGUGAUAUUGCAAAGUUUGGUUUGACCGAUCUUCGUAAGGUUCUUGGUAUCAUACCUCAAGCACCCGUUCUCUUCUCAGGGACUGUGAGAUUUAACCUCGAUCCUUUCAACGAACACAAUGAUCCUGAUCUUUGGGAAUCUUUAGAGAGGGCCCAUCUUAAGGAUGUUAUCAGGAGGAAUCCAUUAGGUUUAGAUGCUGAGGUGUCAGAGGCUGGAGAGAAUUUCAGUGUUGGACAACGACAGUUAUUAAGUCUUUCACGUGCAUUGCUCAGGAGAUCAAAGAUUCUUGUUCUUGAUGAAGCAACUGCCGCUGUUGAUGUUAGAACAGAUGCACUUAUCCAAAAGACCAUCCGUGAAGAAUUCAAGUCAUGUACUAUGAUCAUUAUUGCUCACCGUCUAAAUACGAUUAUUGAUUGUGACCGUAUUCUUCUGCUUGAUGCUGGUCAGGUUGUUGAGUACGAUGCCCCGGUAAAACUUCUGCAAGACGAACACACUGCUUUCUCUAAAAUGGUUCAAAGUACAGGGGCUGCAAACGCACAAUAUCUACGAAACUUGGCAUUUGGAGCAGAAGGAGAGAAGGCGGAGAAAGUGGCAAUAGAUGGUCAAAGGAAGUGGCUUGCCUCCACACGGUGGGCGGCAGCCGCCCGUUUCGCACUUGCCUCUAGCCUCAGUUCAUCUCAAAACGACCUCACGCAGAUAGCAACCGAAGACGAUAACAAUAUCCUCAAGAAAACAAAAGAUGCAGUUGUAACUCUUCAGGGUGUUUUGAAAGGUGAACAUGAUAGAGAUAUUGAAGUCUCACUUGAACGGGCCCAGGUCCCAAGUGAUAGAUGGUGGUCGGCUCUCUAUAAAGUAGUUGAAGGUCUUGCAGUGAUGGGCAAGUUGGGUCGUAACAAGCUCCAGCUAUCAGAAUACGCCUUAAAAGACGAACCGAUUGAUUGGGACCAUGUUGAAAUGUAGGAAAUACCUGCUGCUUAAGUUGGUUCGCCGAAUCUGGUUCACCGACUAAACCAUGAUUGUAAUUUUUGAAACCCAACUUUUUCAACCAUAAUUGUAACUUUAAAACCCUUCUUUUCAUACUUUAAAGCUAGAUAGCCGAUAGACGGUCAUGAGCUUGUAUCGAUGAAUUUGUAAAUCAGGUUCAAGACUGUGUAAUAGACUCAGAAUAAUUUACCCCAAUCGGAGGUUUUUUUCUUUCUC